GCCUAUUCGUGUUGCACCGACACAAAAGCAAAUGGCAACCCAUGACUGCAUUUCUUUUCAGCGUACACUCCUAUAGGCUCGAAGGUGUGGUCCUCAAGUUGUUUGUUCAAAAAGCGUCGACUCCUACUGAAGAGUCUAUAGAAAGGACCCUAUGGAAGAUGCGUUUCGAUUUAAAUUUUCUCGAGUCGUUUCAUUGGAUACACGGUUGUGUCCGCAAUAUUGGCGUGAGGCAGAGAGCUAUCACAAAACCCUCUUUCCCACAUGAACACAAUCGAAGUAAAAAAUGUACACUUUAACCCUCGGAGAUAUCCACCAUGUUUAGACAAAUAGUUUGAAGAGAAGAACCGUUUGCAUGUGAUUAUGUGCUGUUUGUGUACGAUUGCGUGCCCAUACACCUAAAAUCAAGACCACAUUUUCGAUGUUUUUAAAAAAGAAUAAUGCUAUCGAAGGUGCUGCAGAAGGAUGCCGAACAGGAGAUGGAGAUGCGCACCCAGAUCCAGGAAAUGAAGAAGGAGCUCUCGUCCAUCAGCAUGAUGGAUGAGUUUGCCAGGUAUGCGCGUCUAGAGCGCAAGAUCAACAAGAUGACAAACAUGUUGAAGACCCAUGUGAAGUCAAGAACUGCACAUCAAGCCAAAAUGAAGUGGAUUGUGAACAUAGUCUUCUACAUACUUCAGGCUGUGCUCAUGAUCUCACUCAUCUGGAAGUAUUACGCCGACCCGGUUACCGUGGUGCCCAGUAAGUGGAUCGCCCCACUGGAGCGGCUGGUGGCGUUCCCUACAGGAGUGGCAGGUGGUGUCGGGAUUACCUGCUGGUUAGUGGUGUGCAACAAGGUGGUUGCUAUUGGACUGCAUGCUGUAAGCUAAGCAUGCUCAGUUCAUCCUAUGUUUACGCCCCAAAGCUUCGGAAACCACAAAGCAGCAGUGUUUUUUAUUUAAAAGCGUUUGCGAUCUUCAUGCAGUCUGUUAAUUUGUUCCAUUAUAUAGUGUGAAUAAAACACAGUUCUGUUGUUUCAGGGUUUUAAUGUUUUAAUGGCUUUCUUCAAGGAGAUCUAGCAAGGUCAAAAACGUAAUAUUGGCUUUGAAUGUUACUUUGCGUUGCUGCUACUUGCAGCUAUUGGAGGUAAAGUUCCAACAAAAUAGAGUUGAGAAAUGUCAUAUCCACAUCUCACAUUGUGUGAAAUGAACUGAUGGAUUUCAAAGAUCAAUUCAGUUAAUUAACUGAAGAUCAAGAUCAUGUACAACUGUUUUGUUUACUACAAGGAAUAAUUUUAAGUCUUGUGAAUGUAUGUGAUGUAGGUGGCGGUGUUAUAUUUUACUUGUGUCAUUGUCAGUAUUUUUUUGUUUUUAUUUAUUUGGGAACAAAACACUGUGAUGUUUUAAGUGCUACAGUGGUUAUGUGGGUCUUUUCGAUGACCAAAAAAUGUUGAUUGAGAGGAGUUCUGAAGAUUGAUUAGACACUUUAAAGAUGAAUUCAAUAAACAUUUUGUCAAAUUGC